AUGAAGUCCGGACUCUUUGCCCUCGUCAUCGCCGCUGUGGCUCCUCUUGCCAUGGCUGCUCCUUUCCCUCCUAACGGCCCUCCUGGAGGUUUCUUCCCUUCCCCUCCUACAAACGGCAGUCUUCCCGGAGCUGGACCUGGUGCUCCUGGUGCUGGUGCCCCUGGCGCUCCCGGAGGUCCUGGUGGUUGGAUGCCUCCUAUGCCUCCUAUGCCUCCUAGCCCCCCUGUUGGUGGUCAGCCUGGUGGUCAACCCGGUGGUCAGCCUGGUAGUGGAUCGCCUGUUCCUCCCCCUGUGGUCCCUACUCCCGUCCCUGGAGCUCCCGUCGUCACUCCUGUUGCCCCUGGAGCUCCCGUCGUCACUCCUCCUGCCGCUGCUCCUGCUCCUCCGGUUGCCCCUGAGCAGCCCGUUGUGGUCCCUACUCCCAGCCCCGUUGCCCGCAUCUAG